AUGACAGACCGAGCUUGGAGUCACGGAGAUGAUAACAAAGCCCCUUAUCGCUACGCUUCCGAACCUCCAGAGGGCGUUCCAACGACCAACGUCGCCGAGGAGCCGCACAAAGUGAUUAUACGCGAUGUGCGGGCCAGACCCGACGCAACUGGACUCGACAAGACCGGUUUCGAAUUUCUGCUAUAUCCUAGCAAGGAGGCGAACUUUGACAACGAAGAGAGGGUCAAAAAAGAGUACUACGCUGAAGUGGAAGAUAUUUUGAAAAAGCGCACAGGCGCCCAUAGAGUCUUCAUCUUCGAUCAUACCAUCAGAGUCCACAUCGACCAGACGACGGAAGCUGCUGUCCAGCGUGUGCGUGAUCACAUGGGAGACGAAGCCGAACAGCUGUUGAAGGGCCGCUUCUGCAUUAUUAACGUCUGGAGACCUAUCGAGAACACGGUUGCCCACAGUCCUCUCGCACUAGCGGAUUACCGUUCCAUCGACAAAGAGAGGGAUUUAGUGGCGACGCGGCUGCUAUAUCCAAACAAGGUCGGAGGCACAUUCGAUGUGCGAUUUAACCCUUCACACGAGUGGAAGUAUCUUGCGGACCAGACCAUAGACGAGGUGACGCUGAUCAAGUGCUUCGAUUCCGACGCUAGCAAGGCCCGGAUGACGCCGCACACCGCGUUCUGGGACCCGACGAGUCCGGCUGAUGCACCCGAGAGGCAGUCGAUAGAAGUCAGGGCGUUGGUUUUCAUUAACGAUAAAAACGAAAGUUUGCGGGCAGCGCUCUAA